AUGGCGGCGAGCAUGGUAACCAAUCUGCUCGAGAAGCUUCAUCUGACUUCUGCGGACCGUGGUGCCCCGGCCCAGGAGCCCGGCGAGGACGAGCUGAAAACUCUGCGUCAAAAGUAUGAGAAGGCGAACCAAGAUCAUGUUUUUGCCUUCUACGACGAGCUCGACACUGCAGGAAAAGCAGCCCUUUUUAGCCAACUGUCCACCUUCGACCCAGACCGUGUCAAUGCUCUCGCAGAUAAAGCCCUCCAUCCCCCCCCGUCCUCGGGCGAGGAACCCUCCAUCGAGCCACUCCCCGAGUCUGCCUCUGCGUCUCUUCUUGAUGCCUCCAAAGAGCAGAUAGAUGAUUGGUACAAAACUGGGCUUGAUCACAUUGGAAAGAACAAAGUUGCCGUGGUAUUAAUGGCUGGAGGGCAAGGGACACGAUUGGGAAGCUCAGAUCCCAAGGGUUGCUUCGAUAUUGGCCUUCCGAGCAAGAAAUCGUUGUUUCAAAUGCAAGCGGAGAGGAUUUUGAAGGUGCAACAACUAGCCCAGAAGCAUGCUUCUUCUUCCACGGAACCCGUUGUCCCAUGGUACGUCAUGACUAGCGGGCCUACCAGAGCACCUACGGAAAUGUUCUUCCACGAGCACAACUACUUUGGACUGGCGAAAGAGAACGUGAUUAUCUUCGAACAAGGGGUGCUACCUUGCAUCAGCAAUGAGGGCAAGAUCCUCAUGGAAAGCAAGUCUCGGGUCGCCGUGGCACCGGAUGGCAAUGGAGGCAUUUACCAGGCCUUGUUGAUGUCCGAGGCUCGCACUGAUAUGCGUCAACGUGGUAUCGAACACGUGCACGCAUAUUGUGUCGAUAACUGUCUGGUCAAAGUGGCAGACCCUGUCUUCAUUGGCUUCUCCUCCUCGAAAGAUGUCGAUAUUGCCACCAAAGUCGUUCGAAAACGAGCUGCCAACGAACCUGUUGGCCUUAUUGUCCAGAAAAAUGGAAAGCCCGACGUGGUCGAAUACUCGGAGAUCGACAAAGAGAUGGCCGAGGCCAAAGACAGCUCGGAACGACUCAAAUUUCGAGCAGCUAACAUUGUCAAUCACUACUACUCCUUCAGAUUUCUGGAGAGCAUCGAGGAGUGGGCGCAUAAGUUGCCUCAUCACGUCGCUAAGAAGAAAAUUCCUUAUAUGAACACGGAAUCCCGCGAGACUGUCAGGCCCGACAAGCCAAAUGGCAUCAAAUUGGAACAGUUUGUGUUCGACGUCUUCCCACUCAUCGGCAUGGACAAGUUUGCAUGCUUGGAAGUGGAACGCAAGGAAGAAUUCUCACCGUUGAAGAAUGCACGGGGCUCGGCAGAAGACAACCCAGAUACCAGCAAACAGGAUAUCAUGGAUCAGGGCGCUCGAUGGCUCCGUGCCGCAGGUGCUACCGUGGUCUCUGAAGGCUCUGGCACGGGAGUUGAGGUGUCUCCUCUUAUCAGCUACGGGGGUGAAGGACUUGAUUAUUUGAAUGGACGAGAGAUCCGAGCUCCGGCUGUGAUUGAAAAGAGUAAGUCGGAAUAG